ACGAAUAUUCAAACCAAAUCAAGGAAACUGAGAGUUAAUGAUACAGAAAAUGGAGAACAUGAUAGAAAUGCUUCUUUUGCUUUUCCUUUUAUUUAUUUGCUUAGCAAAAGCUAGUACCUCAACGCCAUCCCCGCUCCCCAACAUUCACAACCAAACUCAAAGUCCAAAACAUUUUGUGUUGAUACAUGGAGCUUGUCAUGGAGCAUGGAGCUGGUAUAAGGUGGCCACUCUCUUGAAGGACUCAGGUCACCGUGUCACAGCUCUAGACUUGGGAGCAUCCGGGAUCAACCCGAUUCAGGUAGAGCAACUCCCUUCGUUAUCGGAAUUUGUCGAGCCUUUGACAAAGCUCAUGGUGUCUCUACCACCAAAUGAAAAGGUUAUCCUUGUGGCUCACAGCUAUGGUGGUGCCGUCAUAUCUAUUUUCAUGGAGAGGUUCUCUCAGAAAAUUUCUGCUGCGGUGUAUGUCACAGCUAUCAUGUCUGGUCCUACUCUUAAUUACUCAACUAUAUUUGCAGAGUUUGUUAAAACAUUUGAUUUUAAGGACUCUCGGUUCAGAUAUGAUAAGGGGACCAGCAACCCUGCAACCUCCUUUAUCCUUGGCCCUAAGGACAUGGCGACAAGCUUGUACCAGCUCUCACCACCAGAGGAUUUUACCCUAGGGUUGUCGUUGGUGAGAUUUGCUCCUCUAUACAAUUGUGAUGUAAUAAAGCUCACGAAAGAGAAAUAUGGAACAGUUCCUAGAGUGUUCAUCGUGUCCCACCAGACCAUACAGUAGUGUUGGAUCUGCAAAAGUAUAUGAUCAAGAACAAUCCGCCAAAUGAAGUGAAAGUGAUAAACGGUUCUGAUCACAUGGUCAUGCUCUCGAAACCCAUGGAGUUGUUCAUCCAUCUCCAAAAUAUCGCUGAGAAAUAUCAUAAACACAAGCAUGGUUAAUUCAGGCAUACUGCUUGCGUCCAAAGCACCACAAUACUACAUCUGUAAUAUAUGUUUGUAUGAUUAAAUGAAUAAAUUAAAGAAAGUUGCUAUUUCUA